AAGCGAGCGUUUGAUGCUUGUUGCGAAUGAUAGAAAUACUGUGGAGUUGUUGGUUCAAAUAUUUUGAGGUUGUCGAUGCCCGCUUUGGGCUAAGCGCGGAUCAUAGCCACGUGACGCACAGAUUCGUAGGGUUUUCAAACUAAGCGAGAGUCCAAACAACAGACGAAAGAUUCCCUUGACGGAACUGACAGCGACGACGACGACAAUAACCAACUAACGCCGCCAAUCGACAGCCAUGGCACCCAAGUCCGAUAACAAGAAAGCCGCAAAGCCCAGCGCCAAAGCUGGUGCCGCUGCGAAGGCGGUGCUUAAAGGUGUUCAUUCGCACAAAGUCCGCAAGGCCCGGACAUCGACCACCUUCCACCGACCAAAGACCCUCCAGCUUUCGCGGUCGCCCAAGUACCCGCGCAAGUCCAUUCCUCAUGAAACCCGCCUCGACCACCACAGAAUCAUCAUCCACCCCCUAAACACCGAGAGCGCCAUGAAGAAAAUCGAGGAGAACAACACCCUUGUCUUCAUUGUUGAUAUCAAGGCCAACAAGAGACAGAUCAAGCAGGCGCUCAAGACGCUUUAUGAUGUCGACACUGUUAAGAUCAACACCCUCAUCAGACCCGAUGGCUCGAAAAAGGCGUUUGCGAGAUUAACCGCUGAUGUCGACGCCCUUGACAUUGCGGCGACGAAGUUGGCGAUUGUUUAAAGCGGGGUCUUCUUUGUUUCUCUCUUCUGUUUCAGUUUACGGAAUGUUGCAGGUGAAAUUUCCUUUUUUUUAUAAUAAAAUAUUACUCAGUGGCUUCUGAAAUUCUCCAGUCAUUGAGAUGUGAAUGAAACCCAUGUCUUUUUUCUGUUAUUCGCCUUUUGCAUUCAAAACUAUCAGUGAGAAGUUCAUGCUAGGUCAGAUCGGGGUAAAUACCCUGUCGCUGCUUGCUACGUAGUGCCGGUGGUUUUUUUCGCCUGUGUAAACCGAUUGUGCCAGAAACGCAUUGACAUUGACAUUUCGACAAUUAUUUAAUACAUGUGUCGACACCAGGACUAAAUAUAAUUUAUCAUAAACCAAUUGAUGCCCAUCCAUGCCUAUUUAUCGUACAAUACAAAAAUGGAAGAAAACUCAUAUCGAC